UCCUCAGCUUGGCGAAGCGCUUCUGCAGCGCCUCCUCCUCCUCGGUGAGGCCGGGCGGCAGCGUCAGCAUGGCGGGGGACACCGCGGGACACCGGGGUGGCACCGGGGGGUCCUGGGGGGUCCCGGGGGUCCCCGAGCGGUUUCCUUGGCAACGCCGCGGCGGCGAGGCGGAAACGAGCGGCGCCUUCCCACAGUGCACCGCGCGCGCGAAGCCGCCUUCCUAUUGGUUUGCUGAGUGCGCGCCGGGCGCUGAUUGGUUAAAAGUAGAAAGGGGCGGGGUUGAAGCGAUGCGGGUGGUUCCGGUUGUGUUCCGGUACUUCCGGUGGCGGCGGGAGCGCUUCCGGUCAUGGCGGGGAUGGAGAUGGAGAGGAUCGGUGAGGGCGGGAGGGCUCGGGGGGGUCGGGAUGAGGGUUUGGGGGUCUCCGGUGACUCUCCCGUGACUCCUCCGGUGCCCCCCCAGCGCUGCCGCCCCGCGGCCGCGGAGCUGCCGCUGGCGCUGCUGGAGUUGGGAUGCUCCGGGAGAUUCGAGGUCCUGAGCGGAGAACCGGGAGCCGCUGAGGGCCCCGAGCACCGCGCCACCCUGCCGCAGGGGCUCCCCCCCUGGGCCCCCCCCCCGCUGGGGGCGGAGCUGGAGCGGAAAUUCCUGGGGACCCCCGAGGGGCUCCCCCUGCACGGGCACGAGCGGGCAGCCAG